AUGGCAAGUAAUGCAUUAAUAAGCGCCCAAGCGGCAGGAGCAUUGCUCGUACUGCACUUCUAUGCGCAUGCGCUUCUUGCUCCAGCGGUCGACCACUGGUGCAAGCAGCCUGACACACUCAAAAACUACACGGCGCACCAGUGGAAGACGCUGGCAAUACCGCAGCCCGGCGGCCAUCGAAGCCAGUGCGAAGUGUACCAGCCACCGUUCCCAGCACAGAGGAACCGUUCCAUCGUCAAGUGCUCCGAAUGGGAAUUCGCUGGAGGAGUCCACACCAUAGCGAGUGAGUGGAACUUAGUCUGCGGACGCAAAGAACUCUUAUCAAUGGCUAGGGCCCUAUACAUCAUGAGCGGCAUGUGUUCCGUGCCGUUCUGGGGUCACCUAACGGACACCAUCGGUCGUGGGCCAAUGCUCAAGCUAUCAACGGUCAGCAGCCUCUUCCUUGCCGUAGCGGCUACCCUUUCCUGGGACUUUGAGGCAUUCCUCGUCUUUCGGACCGCCUUAGCAGCUUCGCUUAGCCUUCUGCGAAUAACCACGUCUGUUAUCCUCUACGAGUCUUCGGCGGCACAGACACGAGACUGGACGUGUUGCACCGCGCGGUAUGGCGACGCGUCCGCAACCAUCAUGCUCUCGGCGUUGCUUCACACCACCCUUGACAAGGACUUCGUUGGAGUGAUUCUCUUGGUCCCGACAGCCCUCAGUCUGCUCUACAUUUUUGUGACCGGAGAAGAUCAUAAAAGCUCUAUCGCCCCGCAUCAACGCAACCCACUUGCAUUCCACGCGGUCGGGUUUACGUGUAUGCGGCAGGGCGUCCUUUAUCCGGAACGUCGCGUUGAACAAAACCCUUGGGACACAAUCACUUCAACAAGCGGGUCGCUUGUUUUCAUAACUCCCGGAUCGAUGCUUCAAAGGACCCUUUUCGUCGCGUGGUGUACGUUUGUCUCAGUUGGCAGCUUCGCGUGGAUUUCUAACUCCUCACAACCGCUGACGAACUUCUGGCCACGAAUAUUCAGCGCUCUUCUGCAGUCGUCGGGAAUCUUCGUGCUGCCAUUAUUCGUGGAGAGAUACGGCAAGAAGGAUGUUUUCAUGGCGAGUCUGGCCGUUUCAGCUGUUUUAUCGGCUCUUCUUUGCAUAUUCCAACAGUACUACUACACGAGCGUGUGCCUUCACGUUGCUCUGUACUGGAAUCUUUCCCUGGCGGUGUGCCUGGUAAGCGUCUACAACUUGGAUUUAUUUCCGGCCAUCGCUCGGGCUUCGGGCUUCUCCAUCGGAUUCUUCUGUGCCAGAGCUGCACCCCUCGUGGUCCUUGUGCAGCACUACAGCAAGGUUCACUUUGCCCCCGGCCUCCCUUUCGGCGCUAUGGCUAUGUUACUUACCAUGACCUUGCCACUUGUCAGCUUCAUUCCGGAAACACCUCCGCCGAUGGCAGAUACCCUUUCUUAA